AUUUGAAAAUAACGCAACUUGAGAUGGAGGGAAAGCAGUCCGGUUCACAGCCCCGCGAAUUGUUGGCGAAGAUCAGAGAAAUUACACGAUCAAUUCUUCAAGAUCUCUGUAACGGACGAUCGCUUCUGGUUUACAUCGAUCGCUUCAGAAAUUAUUGCACAGACUCUACUGGAAACUGCUGUUGCAGCUCUGAUUUGUCCAAAGGAAAGGAAAUUCUUACUUUAAAGAGAGAAUGCCAUGCAUAUCGGUUGGAUGUCUUGCUAAGAGUGCUACUGAUUGUUCAGCAACUUCUGCAAGAAAGCAAACAUGGAUCAAAAAGAGAUAUAUUUUACAUGCAUCCUUCUGUUUUUAAAGAACAGUCAGUUGUAGAUCGAGCAAUCAAUGACAUUUGCAUUCUUCUCCAAUGCAGUCGACAUAACCUAAAUGUAGUAUCUGUUGGAAAAGGAUUGGUGAUGGGCUGGUUGAGAUUCUCAGAAGCUGGAAGGAAAUUUGAUUGCAUAAAUAGCCCAAACAAUGCUCAUCCCGUUCCCGUCCAUGUGGAAGAAGUCAAAGAUAUAGUAAGUGUUGCUCAGUAUAUAUUAGUUGUGGAGAAGGAAUCAGUAUUCCAGCGAUUGGCAAACGAUAAGUUUUGCAACAGAAAUCGCUGCAUUGUCAUCACAGGAAGAGGCUAUCCAGAUGUCCCAACAAGAAGGUUUUUGCGGCUCCUAGUGAAAAAAUUGCAUCUGCCUACCUAUUGCUUGGUAGAUUGUGAUCCCCAUGGCUUUGACAUCUUGACUACAUACCGGUUUGGUUCUAUGCAAAUGGCAUACGAUGCAAAAUUCCUACGUGUCCCAGAGAUACAGUGGCUUGGAGCUUUUCCUUCGGAUUCCGAGAAAUUUGGUCUUCCACAACAGUGUCUACUUCCUUUGACAGCAGAAGAUAAGAUAAAAAUUGAUGCAAUGUUACUUCGGUGUUACCUGCUAAGAGAAGUGCCAAACUGGAGGUUGGAACUAGAAAUGCUGCUGCAAGGAGGAGUGAAAUUCGAGAUUGAAGCAUUGUCUACACAUUCACUUUCCUUCUUAUCAGAGGAGUAUAUACCUUCUAAGGUUCAAGGUGGAGUGUACAUCUAAAAGGGUCGCUAUUUCAAGUGAAGUAACAGUCAUAAUGUAGCAUAUGAUAGGAUUUCUAUAAUGUUUGAGACACAUAGUUUGAAUAAUAAUAAUAAUAAUAAUAAUAAUACAGUAGUAAAAAGUAAAAACCUUAUGUACAGAUAUGGCUUUGUCACUCGCAUUUUGUGAGAAAAAUGUACAAAUAACUCUCAUUGGUGGUUGGGCAGUGUUUGGAUGGCGCAUAAUAUUCAUAUAUUUGGAAGAA